CGGUCGGUGUCAUUCGUCGGAAUCCGAAAGAGCCGGAACGUUUGACUGUAAUCGUUGCCACUUGCCGCCGCACGCACACUCAGACACACACACACGGCAGUUUACUUACACACAUGCUAGUGCGCGCGCGCACACGCACAAUCAUUCGUAUUCGUACGAACGAUCGCUUCCGUCCGUAUGUUUUGCUUCUGCUGCUGCCAGUGGUGACGUUUAUUGUCCCGCGGACGGUGUGAAGAGUGAUUGUGGGUAGUGCGUGUGUGUCGUCACCGCCGCGAUAUCGUCGCAGGUGUAUUAUAUAGAGUCCGCCGAUUGUCCGUCGUCGUUUAUCCGACGUUGGACCGUUGUCGUCUUCGGUGAGACACAUUCGUCCACACUAGCUCUUCGCUGCUGUCCACGAUGGCCGGCAACAUGGGCAUGGAACAGUUGAUACCCAUCGUAAACAAACUCCAAGAUGCGUUCACCCAGCUGGGCGUGCACAUGCAGCUUGACCUACCCCAGAUCGCGGUGGUCGGUGGUCAGAGUGCUGGUAAAAGUUCUGUGCUGGAAAACUUUGUGGGAAGGGAUUUUCUUCCAAGAGGUUCUGGAAUUGUAACUCGUCGUCCUCUUAUUCUUCAAUUGAUAAAUAGUACAUUGGAAUAUGGAGAAUUUCUUCAUUGCAAAGGAAAAAAGUUUCCAGAUUUUGAUGAAAUUAGACGUGAAAUAGAAAACGAAACUGAUCGUAUGACUGGAUCUAAUAAAGGAAUUUCAAACAUACCAAUAAAUUUAAGGGUAUAUUCUCCUAAUGUGUUGAACCUGACCCUUGUUGAUUUGCCUGGUAUGACCAAAGUACCUGUUGGGGACCAACCUCCCGACAUAGAGCAUCAAAUAAGAUCAAUGUUAUUCACUUUUGUUAAACGAGAUAAUUGCCUGAUUUUGGCUGUAACACCAGCUAACCAGGAUUUGGCCAACAGUGAUGCAUUAAAAAUUUCUAAAGAAGUGGAUCCUGAAGGUAUGCGAACUAUUGGUGUUAUAACAAAAUUGGAUCUGAUGGAUGAAGGAACUGAUGCUAGAGACAUACUGGAGAACAAGCUUCUACCUCUCAGACGUGGUUACAUUGGUGUAGUAAACAGGAGUCAGAAAGAUAUCGAUGGACGUAAAGAUAUAAAAGCUGCUUUAAGUGCAGAAAGAAAAUUUUUCUUGGGACACCCAGCUUAUAGACACAUGGCUGACAGACUCGGUACACCUUAUUUGCAAAGAGUUUUGAAUCAACAGCUCACAAAUCAUAUAAGAGAUACAUUGCCAGGACUUAGGGAUAAAUUACAAAAACAAUUACUUACAUUAGAAAAGGAUGUCGAACAGUUUAAAUAUUUUAGGCCAGAUGAUCCAGCUAUUAAAACCAAAGCAAUGUUACAAAUGAUUCAACAACUUCAAUCUGAUUUUGAACGCACAAUUGAAGGUUCUGGUUCUGCUCAGAUAAAUACCAAUGAAUUAUCUGGAGGUGCUAAAAUUAAUCGUUUGUUCCAUGAACGUUUCCCUUUUGAAAUUGUGAAAAUGGAAAUUGAUGAAAAAGAACUAAGGAGAGAAAUAGCAUUUGCCAUCAGAAACAUUCAUGGUAUAAGAGUGGGUUUGUUUACACCUGAUAUGGCAUUUGAAGCUAUUGUGAAAAAACAAAUUGCUAGAUUGAAAGAACCAUCACUGAAAUGUACCGAUCUUGUUGUUAAUGAAUUAUCUAACGUAGUUAGAAUUUGUACAGAUAAGAUGUCCAGGUAUCCACGUUUACGAGAAGAAACAGAACGUAUAAUUACAUCGUAUAUUCGUAAUCGUGAACAAAUGUGUAAAGAACAGUUAAUUCUAUUGGUUGAAUGUGAAUUAGCGUAUAUGAAUACAAAUCAUGAAGAUUUUAUUGGAUUUGCUAAGUAUGUAACAAUUUAUUGUAUAUUAACCAUAUUAAAAAUUAUUAAUUUAUUAUGUUUUAUAUUAUUGUAUUCAAGUGCACAACAGUCAUCUGAUAAUUCCAACAAAACUCAUAAGCUUGGCAAUCAAGUGAUACGUAAAGGAUGGAUGUGUAUACACAAUUUGGGCAUUAUGAAAGGAGGAUCUAGGGAUUAUUGGUUUGUUUUAAUGUCUGAAAAUAUCUCAUGGUUCAAAGAUGAAGAGGAAAGAGAAAAAAAAUACAUGUUACCAUUAGAUGGAUUGAAAAUCAAAGAUGUUGAACAAGGUUUUAUGUCACGUCGUCACACUUUUGCGCUAUUUAAUCCAGAAGGCCGUAAUGUUUACAAGGACUAUAAACAGCUUGAAUUGAGUUGUGAAACACAAGAUGAUGUAGAUUCUUGGAAAGCAUCAUUUUUACGUGCAGGUGUUUACCCAGAAAAAUCAUCAGAUGUAUCCAAUAGUGAUGAGGAUGGUCGUGAGAGCAGUACAGAAUCAACUACAUCUAUGGAUCCAGUUUUGGAAAGACAAGUAGAGACUAUUAGAAAUCUAGUUGAUUCAUAUAUGAAAAUUGUUACAAAAUCUUGUCGCGAUCUAGUCCCUAAAAUCAUUAUGCAUUUGAUUAUAAACAACUCAAAAGAUUUUAUUAAUGGAGAAUUAUUAGCUCAUCUAUAUGCAUCUGGUGAUCAGUCUCAAAUGAUGGAAGAAAGUGCAGAAGAAGCCGUAAAACGUGAAGAAAUGAUGCGUAUGUACCAAGCAUGUAAAGAAGCAUUGAGAAUUAUUGGUGAUGUUUCAAUGGCUACUGUUACCACACCUGUUCCACCACCAGUCAAGAAUGAUUGGCUUGCAUCUAGUCUUGAUAACCCAAGGUUGUCUCCACCAAGCCCCGGUGGUGCUGGACGUAGAGGAGUACCAUCUAACCCAACACCUGCAAAUGCAGCAUCAAGAGCACCUCCACCACCUCCAGCUACAGGAAGACCAGCUCCAGCAAUACCUAAUAGACCUGGGCCUGAGCAGGGACGACAACCUCCUGCUCCACCCGGUAGGCCUGGUGGCCAGGGACUUCCUCCUCCUUUAAUUCCUUCGCGAGGAUCAAUGCCGCAAAUACCGCAACGUGUACAACAAGCGGUCGGCCAAGCUGUGGCACAAGUAGCUGUCAAUGAGCUUACCAAUGCUUUUGCCAACCGUUUCAAAUAAGCUGUAUAUUUCACUUACUAGAUGUAUACAUAGCAUGGCGACCUGUUAAUUUAGUAGCCGCUCCGCGUAUGCAAAAUCGACUACACUUUCAACGGAAUUAAUAAUGUAAUAAUUAUUGUUCGUACAUUGAUUUGCGCUUCCCCUUGGCUUUUCAUCGUUGAAUUACCAACGACUAACGAGUACAACUAUUGAUUAUUAUUAUCAUUAUUAUUAUUAUUAUUAUUUUUAUAUCCUGUUUGUUUUCUCUCUACAUCACCUUCAAUAAUAAUAUAAUUUUAUUAUUUCUCGGAGAAGACAGGAUGCGACUGCGUUAUAUCGUAUUAAAUGAUACCAAUGAUGUAUUGUGUCGCGAAAAAGAAAAAUUCAAUAACGAACGAAAUCGUAUUUCCCAUUUCCGGUUCCUACGUAUAUUGUACAAUCUCCUAUAUGUUAUUAUAUUAUAAUUAUUAUUAUGCUCACAUAUUAUGACAUUUAUGUUUAUUAUUAUCUGAUGAUGGCGAUGAUCGUGUUUGUUUUUACAAUUUAUUCUCCUGUAUACACAUGCAGACGCGCUAUUAACCUACGGUUUUCAUCAACUCGAGACGAUCAUCGUGCACAUAAAUAUGUGUACAUAAUAUAACAUCAUUAUAUAUUAUACGUGCGUAUAAUAAUGCAUACUUUUUAUAUUUUGCUU